AUGAAAGAUGCAUAUCGCUGCUGAACGAAUUCAUCCACAACACGGUGAUAUCUGUCUCGAAGCAGCUCAAUGAGACGGACAACUUUCUCAUGAAAUCACAGAACAUAUAAAAAUGAAAGUCACAUUCCUGUUGGAGCUAUUACUAAUUCUGAUUAUUAUCGCAUUUGCCGCCUCCAAACCGGUCAAGGAUGAGGGACGAAAUGCACACAAAGGCACGCUCAUCUCGCGACAGGCAGCAGAAGAUCUAGCUGCGGCCGCAGCACCGGUCGAUGGCGCUCCAGUUGCUCCCGUACUUCCGGCUGCCGGUGGUGACGACGAUGACGACGAUGAUGACGAUUCCGAUGAGUUCGAUCUUGGCGACGAUGAUGAAUCGGCUGAAGACGAUGAUGACGAUGCGGAUGAUGAUGAUGACGAUGAGGAAGACAUCAUCGGAUCGGUCGAGGAUGAGAUCGACGACGAUGACGAUGAUGACGAUGAUGACGAUGAUGAUGAGGUAGCGGCACCAGUGGCCCCGGCGGCGGUCGUUGACCAACAGAAGCAGACGGCCAACCAGGUGGCACCGGCGGCUGCGGCGGCUGCUGAGGACGACGAUGACGAUGAUGACGAUGAUGAGGAUGAUGAUGCGUUGUCUUUUUUUGGUGAUGACCUACUAGGCGCGUUCGACGACGAUGACGACGAUGACGACGACGAUGAUGAUGAUGAUGACGAUGAGGACGCGCCAGUUGCCGCCGUCCAGCCCGCCAUUCAGGCCGCUGCCGCCGUCGCCCAGCCCGUCGCUCAGGCCGCCGCCGAACCGGUGGCACAGGUUGCCGCUGCCGCACCGGCUGCCGCCAAGAAGACGAAGAAGAAGGUCGCCGCCGCCCAGAACACGCAGGCCCUGCUUGAUUUGGCCGAUGCAGCCGCCGCCCAGAACGAGGUGGACAGCAGCGCGGUGAAGAAGCCGGCCGAGGAGCUCGACGUGAACAGCGAGGUGAACAAGAUUGCCGAAACGCUCGCCAACCAGGGCGCGGGCGAGAGUGCAACCGAGCCGGCGGUCGAGGAGGACGAGGAGGAGGAGGAGUACGAGGAGGACUCGCCAGAAAAGGUACAAAAUCAAAACACGAAUAACAAUAAAGUUGACGUUGUUGCGAACGCUCCAGCUCAGCCCGUAACGGUGACGAAACCGGAGAAGAAACCGGCGACCGGAGACGAUGACGACUACCUGUCCGCCCUGGUCGGUGACGAUGACGAUGACGACGACGAUGACGACGAUGACGAUGAGAGCGAGGAGGCGCCUGCCGCCGCCGCCGCAGCAGCCACGACCGGCCAGAAGGAGGACCAGCAGACGACGGGCGGUGUUGCCGCGGACGAUGACGCGGAAGACGACGAUGACGACGAUGACGACGACGAUAGCGACGAGCUGAUCGAUGAGAGCGCCGUGGAGGACAUUGCCGAGUCGGACGUGUGAGUGGU